AGUGACAGCGUCUGAGUCCCGGGGAAGAACAUCACGGAGCUCCGCGGGAGAAAAACACCCCUGCGACACAGCCAAGAUGCCCAACAAAGCCAAGAAGGAGAAGGAAACAACCAAAGGUGCUAAAAGCGGCAUGAAGAACAGCGGUGGCGGUGGCGGUGGUGGCGGUGGCGGAGGUAGUGGUGGCGGUGGCGGUGGCGGUGGCGGCGGUGGGGGGAAAGAUGCUACGACUGCUGCAGAGAACUCAGACGAGUCCCAGCAGCAGCAGCAGAGCGGCAGUAAGCGUCCCAGUAACAGCACGCCUCCUCCCACUCAGCUCAACAAGAUCAAAUACUCUGGAGGUCCUCAGCUGGUGAAGAAGGAGCGCCGCCAGAGCUCGUCUCGCUUCAGCCUCACCAAGAACAGAGAGCUGCAGAAACUACCUGCACUCAAAGACUCUCCUGUGAUGGAGCGUGAGGAGCUGUUUGUGCAGAAGCUCCGUCAGUGCUGCGUCCUGUUUGACUUCGUCAGCGAUCCGCUCAGCGACCUCAAGUACAAGGAGGUGAAGAGGGCCGGCCUCAACGAGAUGGUGGAGUACAUCACACACAACAGCGACGUGGUGACCGAGUGCAUCUACCCCGAGGCCGUGCUCAUGUUUUCAGUGAACUUGUUCCGGACUCUUCCUCCGUCAUCAAACCCGACGGGCGCCGAGUUUGAUCCCGAAGAGGACGAACCGACGCUGGAGGCUGCCUGGCCUCACCUGCAGCUCGUCUACGAGUUCUUCCUUCGUUUCCUGGAGUCUCCAGACUUUCAGCCGAACGUCGCCAAGAAAUACAUCGACCAAAAGUUUGUCAUGUCGCUGCUGGAGCUGUUUGACAGCGAGGACCCCAGAGAGAGAGACUUCCUGAAGACCAUCCUCCACCGGAUCUACGGCAAGUUCCUCGGCCUCCGCGCCUACAUCCGCCGCCAGAUCAACAACAUCUUCUACAGAUUUAUCUACGAGACAGAACAUCACAACGGCAUCGCAGAGCUGCUGGAGAUCCUGGGCAGCAUCAUCAACGGCUUCGCUCUGCCUCUGAAAGAAGAACACAAAAUGUUUCUGAUCCGAGUUCUGCUGCCGCUUCACAAAGUCAAGUCUCUGAGCGUCUACCACCCUCAGCUGGCGUACUGUGUGGUCCAGUUCCUGGAGAAAGACAGCAGCCUGACGGAGCCGGUGAUCAUGGGGCUGCUGAAGUUCUGGCCGAAGACUCACAGUCCGAAGGAGGUGAUGUUCCUCAACGAGCUGGAGGAGAUCCUGGACGUCAUCGAGCCCUCCGAGUUCGUCAAAGUCCGCGAGCCGCUCUUCAGACAGCUCGCCAAGUGUGUCUCCAGCCCGCACUUCCAGGUGGCGGAGAGAGCUCUGUACUACUGGAACAACGAGUACAUCAUGAGUCUGAUCAGUGACAACGCCGCCAAGAUCCUCCCCAUCAUGUUCCCCGCUCUCUACAAGAACUCCAAGAGCCACUGGAACAAAACGAUCCACGGUCUGAUCUACAACGCUCUGAAGCUCUUCAUGGAGAUGAACCAGAAACUGUUUGACGACUGCACGCAGCAAUACAAGGCCGAGAAACAAAAAGAGAAAUAUAAGCUGAAGGAGAGAGAGGAGGUCUGGCACAAGAUAGAAGAGCUGGCCCGACAGAACCCACAGAGCAAUAAGCUCCACCCCCUCCGCCCAGGACUCCACCCACAGGACGAGUACAUGCUGUACAGUGACAGCAGCGUGGCCGUGUACUCGAUGGAGACAGAGACUCCGACAGCUGAAGACAUCCAGCUGCUGAAGAAGACGGUGGAGAGCGAAGCGUCGCAGGGCCUGAAGGACCUGAAGAAGGACAAGGUCCUGAUGAGGAGGAAGUCGGAGCUGCCGCAGGACGUCUACACCAUCAAAGCUCUGGAGGCUCACAAGAGAGCCGAGGAGUACCUGACAGCCAAUCAGGAGGCGCUCUGACCGGGGGGAGGCGGGCCCUGCUGAGAAGACUCCGCCCCCUCCUCUCUGAUUGGAGGAAACCGAAGCUGUGGUGGAGAAGCUGGUCUGGGGUCAGAUCAGGGGCGGAGCUGACGCUGCGUUCAAAGAAGAAACAGAAAAAAAAAAAGAAUAAAACCAACCCUGCUGACCUCUGACCUCUGACCCCCGGUGGCCGAUAACGAGUAGGACACUGUAGACGUCUGUCCCACGUGGUCAUGUGACGAUGACAUCACCGCUACACCUUCAUCUGUUUCCAUCCGAACCACCAAACGCCUCCAGGCGACCGCACAAAGACUGAAGGUCCCUGAACGCGUCACGGCUGAACUUUUCCACAGCGGGAACAAAAAAAACGAGUUUUUAUAAUUUAAUAUAAUCUUCAUCUUCGGUUUUAGAAUCCGUCCAGAUUUAACUUUCAGCAGAACGUUUUAAUGUUUAACUGCAGCUGAAGUUUCAGUGUUCACCAGGAAAACAAGCUUCAGUAUUUUAAUGUCUUUUUUAAGACAUUUCAAUAAGACUGGAAUCACUUUAUUAUUAUAAUAACAAUAAAAACAUGUCAGGACUGAAAUAAAGUCAGACAAUUACAAUAGAAACAAUGAAAACGUCCUCAAACCAAACUAUUAGUUUGAUUGUUAUUUAUUUAAUUUAAAAAAAAAUGUUUUAGACAAAAUUAGAUAUUUGGCGACAUAAUUUGUGGCUUUUUUUCAGCAUUUCUUCUGGGUUUUUUAUACGGAGGACCAAAAGUGACUAAAAUGUCAAAAAAUAAUAUAAUAAGAUGAUUCAGAAAUAAAAACAUCAAUAAAUGUUGAAAUACAUUUUAAAAGUGAAAAAAUAAACAUGGCAUAGUAAAAGAAGGAUGAAAACAGGUCUAAAACAAAAUCUGACAAUUACAAUAAAAUAAAAUAAAAACAAAUUUGAAAGGAUGAAAGAUGAGAAAGUCGUCAAACCAAACAAAAUAAAAAAGUCUACCAAUUCUAUCAGAGCUGCAAAGAUUAAUCGAUUAGUUUGAUCGUUAUUCAUUUAAUUUAAAAAAUAAUGUUUCUCUCAAAAUUAGAUAUUUGCUGAUGUCAUUUUUGGCUUUUUUUCACCAUUUUAUGGACCAAACAGCUGAAGAAAUUAAUCACCUGAUAACUCGACGAUGAUGAUAAACGUUUGUUGUCUCUGAUUUCUCCCCAAAUUAAAAAAAAUGUCACAAAUCGCAGAGGACUUUUAGGAAACAAACUGUUAUUUUAACAGUAACAUUUACUCGUAUUUUCAGGAUCAGCAAACAUUUUAAAGGUUGUUUUUUCGACCAAACGCUGCAGAAUGAUUUUAUUUUCUCUGAAAGUAAAACAAAAAAAUGAGUCAAACUCUAAAAGAAGCGUCAAUAAACAAUAAACGUCACACGUAAACAAAAAAAUAAGACGAAUAUCUGACGUUGUAAAACGAAACAACCAGAACUCACUGGUUCUGGUCCUGACUGGUUCUGGUCCUGACUGGUUCUGGUCCUAACUGGUCCUGGUUCUGGUUCUGGUCCUAACUGGUUCUGGUCCUAACUAAUCCUGCUGGUGUCGAGUUCUCGGCUCCUGCUGUGGAAAAGCGCUCCAUCACAUCCCGUCUGUCCCGUGGCGCCUGAACGCAGCACAGACGAGGUCACUGCCUCACUCCAGAGCCCCGCCCCCCUCCACCUGACCCGACCAAUCACACGUCAGCACGGAUCCGUGGCGGCCCGGCGCUCGCUGCGGCGCCCGACGGACCGAAGACGACGAUUGCGGCGAGGAGACACCGUGAAUGUAGACGACCAAUCAGAUUCCUGCUGUUUUAUUUUCAUGUUUGUUCGUUAUAUGGAGGACCAAAAGUGUCAAAAAAUAAUAUGAGAUGAUACAGGAAUAAAAACAUCAAUAAAUGUUGAAAUAAAUGCAGAAAUACAAUUUAAAAGUGGAAAAUUAAACAUGGCUCAAUAAAAGGAGGAUGAAAAAUGAAUUAGGUAUUAAAUAAGGAACAUGUAUAAAUAAAUACAUUUAUAGAUUAAAGAAUAUUUCAGAAAUAAAAAAUGAACAAAAGUUGAUAUUUAAAUAAAUAAAUAUCUUAAAAUUAUUUCAAAUUUUUCUGUUUGUCGUAUUUCAGCUUUUAUUUAUUUUAUUUAUAAAUGUAUUUAUUUAUUGGUUCUUAUGUCAUUUUUUGUCCUCCAUACAGUCGUGACAUCAUCGACUCUAAGCCAAUGAGAGAAGCCGUCUGUGUGAUGUCAUCGUUUCCUGUCAGAAAGCCGAUUCAUUGUUUUUAUUUUGUCAUUUAUUUGUUAGUUUUUGCUCAAAACACUAAAAAAAAAACUGAACGAGAUGUGGCGUCACUCGUCAGGUCAAAGGUCAAACUCCUCCGUGACGCGUUCAGGAGUUGUGGGAAAUUAUGCAACUGUAAAACACGUGUUUUCACUUCACACGUUCCAGAAAGAACGUCGGACAGAAAACUGAGUUCAGCUGCUCGACCAAACCUCACGCCAAAUUAUCUCAAUUCUACACGUCGUAAUAUUUCAAAAUAAAACAAAUAUUAACUUAUAUCUGAGGCUUCAUCUCGCCAAAAUAAAAGCUGGGAAUGUUAAAGACACAUCAGUGCUAAUAAACGUUUUUUAUUCAAACUCAACAAAUAAAAAAACUCUAAAUCAUCGUUUGUUAAAUGUGUCAGAAACAAAACAAAACUCAGUGUUUCAUUAAUGUAACUGAAGACUCCGACUCCCAUGAUCCUUUGCUGUCUCCACUACUGUUUACAACCUGCGUCACAUUGUGUGCUAUAAAACGUUUUCCAACAGAGAUAAUCGCUUUAUAACGAACAAAAUAAUGAAGUUACAACGACAAAAAAAUCUGUGAAAAUUUUAAAAAAGUAUUUCAGGAAGUUCCAAUCAGCCGUUAGUGUUUAUUUAGAUGCUUUAAGUGUUUAAAAUUCCAACGAAUGAGACCAAAAUAUGUUUAAAUAACAGAUCAUGUCACAAAAAAAUAGUUUUAAAUUUGCAUUUUAUUGUGUUGAAUAAAUCUUUGCUGAUAGAAAUUGUUGAAAAAAUAAAACGGUCAAUCAUUUCUUAUUAAAGUGAAUUUUAAUGUCAAAUAAUAGUCGAAAAAUGUCUCUUAAUUUUCCUUGUUAAAAACAGAAAAAUUGUUAAAAAUUAGCAAAUUCACGUUAGAUUAUGAAAGUGUGUCUCGUUUCUUGGACCAACAUUAUUCGCAUUUUUAAUAAUAAAUCCACAAAAAAACAUAAUAUUUUGUUUUUAAAAAAGCAAAAUUGGACAUUUUUGUUUCUGCCCCGAUGUACGGAGGAUUAAAGCUGCCAUUACAAGACAUAAAUAAAUAAAUGUGAAAGUCAUUGAAAAGAGAAAAAAAAGAAUAAAUGUUGCAGGUUAAUUUGAAGAAAAUAAAUGUAUUUAUUUGGGAAAUUACUUGUUUUUGUUUUCAUUUAUUUUGUAAAAAAAAAGUAAAGUUAAUUGAAAAAACUGAACAUUGACAUGAAAGUAAAUGAAAACAAAAAAAUGUAAUUUGUCAAAAAAUAAAAUAAAUGUAUUUUAUUUGAUAAAUGACUUAUUUUUUGAAGUAGAUAUAUAGUAAGUCAAUAUUUACGCAUUUAUUUAAAAAAAUUAACCUGCUCAUUUGAUCUCAAGUCCAUUCUUUUUUUUCAUAUUUUUAUUUUAUCGAGUCAUUUUUUAUUUAUCUUUUAGAAUGACUCCUUCAGUCCUCCGUACCGGGCUGGGACAUGAAUAAAUAAUUUAAUUAUUAUUAAUUAGUUUAAUGAUCUGAUACAUUAUAAUAAUCAGAUUUAAUCUUUCAGAGGCUCAAAAUGUCCUUUAACCUGUCUCACCUCGUUAACCUGUCUCCCCUCGUUAACCUGUCUCACCUCGUUAACCUGUCUCCCCUCAUUAACCUGUCUCACCUCGUCUCUUCUUGUUAACCCGUCUCCCCUCGUUAACCUGUCUCACCUCGUCUCCUCUUGUUAACCUUUCUCACCCUUUUGUUCCGAUUAACCUGUCUCACCUCACCUCCCCUCUUUAACCUGUCUCACCUCGUCCCGCCUCGUUAACCUGUCUCACCUUAUUAACCUGUCUCACCUCUUUAACCUGUCUCCACUCAUUAACCUGUCUCACCUCGUCUCUUCUUGUUAACCCGUCUCCCCUCGUUAACCUGUCUCACCUCGUUAACCUGUCUCACCUCGUCUCCUCUUGUUAACCUUUCUCACCCUUUUGUUCCGAUUAACCUGUCUCACCUCACCUCCCCUCUUUAACCUGUCUCACCUCGUCCCGCCUCGUUAACCUGUCUCACCUCACCUCCCCUCUUUAACCUGUCUCACCUCGUCUCCUCUUGUUAACCUGUCUCACCUCCUUUCCCCUCGUUUACCCCCCCCCCCCCCCCCCAACCUGUCUCACCUGUUUGUUUACAAUAUAUUUCUCCGAGCAGCUUUUGCAGAAACAAUCCUCCUAAUUUCAAAUUGAACAAAAUAUAUGAAAAAUAAUUUUAUUCUCAAGGAACGUUUGUUACUGACUCUUGGCCACGCCCUCCUCCUCCAGGCCACGCCCCCUUCCGUAUAGGCCACACCCCUCGGCGUGACGUUUAUAUAUUUUUUUUCUUACCCUUACGUUCUCGUCGUCUGGUUUCCGUUCUGCUCGUCUCGCCGUCGUGUGAUUCAAUCAAUGAACCAUUCCAGUGGUGCUUAGCCCCGCCCACCUCGCUCUCUCUCUCGCCGCCGAACAAAACGACUCAUCAAAACAACCCUGUUACGAUUUAAAGACCCGUGAUCAGAUCUUCAGAUUAUUAAUAUUUCACUAAUCGUUGAGAACAAAGUUUGGUCGUUCCGUCCGGCGGCGACUCGACUUGAAACAGAAACCUGAACGCUGCUUCCCGUCAUCCUGUACAUAAGUUGUACUUUAUUAGAACGUUACAUAGUAUGAAAGUCUGAUUUUGUACAGAUGUUCAUGUAUGUACAGAACAAAAUAAAAAGAAUAAAGUGGA